UGGUGGUGGAGCCUCGACAACAAAACAUAAGGUGAUUAAAUGGUUGUAAGACAGUGUGUUUCUCUGCAAUUUGUGGUGUGUGCACGUCGUCAUCACCAGGAUUUGUUAGAAGAUGGUAGAACGUUAUGAGACUUCGCUGCUUUUGCUCUGUCUCUUCUCAUUUUCUGUACUCGUUCUAGCUUCUUCGCCAUGCCCCCUUACUGGGUUACCACUAGUGAGAAAUAUCAGCGAGAUUCCUCAGGAUAACUAUGGUAGGGCGGGACUCUCUCACAUGACUGUUGCAGGUUCAUUAUUACAUGGAUUGAAGGAGGUUGAAGUAUGGCUUCAAACAUUUUCACCUGGAACAUACACCCCUAUUCACAGGCAUUCCUGUGAAGAGGUUUUUGUUGUUCUCAAAGGGAGUGGCACUCUUUAUCUUGCAUCAGAUUCGCAUGGAAAAUACCCUGGAAAGCCGCAGGAGCACUUUAUCUUUACAAAUAGCACAUUUCAUAUUCCUGUUAAUGAUGUUCAUCAGCUUUGGAACACCAACGAACACGAGGAUUUACAAGUGCUUGUUAUAAUAUCUCGUCCACCUGUUAAAUUAUUUGCAUACGAGGACUGGUCCAUGCCUCACACUGCAGCGCAAAUGAAAUUCCCCUAUUACUGGGAUGAGCAAUGUUAUAAGGAAUCACCAAAAGACGAACUAUGAUUGGUAGCCAAGAUGAUUAUGCGAGUAUGGAUGGUUGCGAUAGCAAUUUUUGGUACUCAUACAGCUCUUAUGCAUAAUGUUAGAUACAGAAUCUAAGUGUGGAUCCAACAAUCGUUCUAGAGCGCUAUUAACAAUGUCAAACUUUUAAGCUGCAUCCUCUCUCCGCUUUAAAACCAUGAAGGUUAACAGAGAUGAAGGAAAACUUGCUAAAUUGUAAAAAGAAAGUUUUCGUCUACCUUUCUCUUAAAUACUGACUAGUCAUUAUAAUCGAACAGUAUGCACUAUACAAUGUUGAUGAUGAUGUUUGUUUGAGAAAGUAUGUUCAGAUGUUGCUAGUUUAUUUCUGAUCAUGUUCUUAUUUUGGUAAAUUCAAGCAGUUAUUGAGUUGUCAA